CGGGGGCCUGGCCAUGGAAGAGGGAUGGAAUGUAUAUAAAGUCACACGCGCCACCCCUCCUUCGCCUCCUCCCAGAUUUCCCAUGAUUGUCUAAUACAAUCCUCAUCCAUCAACCAAAUAUUCCUCUCCUGUAGGCGGAAAGGAAGCGCGACAAGAGCUUCGUAGCAGCUCGGUACUUCCACACAACCCCAUCCAUCACCGCCCUUCCCAUCUUCUAGGCUGGCCGUUUUCCGUCUCCGUCUCCGUGACGUUAUCACCAUCAUGGGUCUUCUAGAGGCCCUCACCAUGGCGGCGGACUCGACCGUUCCCACCGGGGGAGCGGCGUCGGCGAUCCCAACCAUGGCAGCGCCCCCGCAAGCUGUCCUGCUAGACUUCUUCUUCCCCGGCUUCUCCAUGUUCUCCAACGCGGUUCAGAAGUACCUCCACAUUGACCUGAACCUCUAUAUACCGCUAGUCCUCCUGUGCGGUGCCUUCACAUUCAUUUGGCGGUAUUUCAGCGAGUACUUUUGGGGCCUGGCGGAAUCGCAUCUCAUGUCCGUCGUCGACAUCCGGACCGACGAUGAGAUCUACAACAUGCUGAUGGCCUGGGUGGCCUCGCAGCGCUUUGCCCAGGGCGCCCGCCGCUUCGUCGUCAACACCAACCUGAACUCUCGCUCCUGGUUUCUCUGGCGAUAUGAUGACGAUGACGGUGAUGAUUUCGGCGGCGACGAGGAUCCCACUGCCACCACCGACUCCAAGAAGAAGAAGGCGCUAGCCUACACGCCAACCUUUGGCAGUCACUGGUUCUGGUACAAGAACCGCCUGCUUAUCUUCCGCCGGAUCCAGAACCAGCAGCAGGCCUCGUUUCUUGUGGCCAGCGAGCGAGAGGAGAUCUCCAUUUCGUGCUUUGGCCGCAAUCCCUGGGUCCUGAAAGAGCUCCUCCACGAGGCACGCCUGGCCUACCUGAAGCGCGACGAGGCCAAGACUUUAAUCUACCGGGGCACAACCAAGAGCGGCAGCACGGAUGCGACAUGGCAGCGAUGCAUGGCGCGCACCUCACGCCCAUUCUCAACCGUCAUUCUGAACGACAAGGUCAAGACGGACCUGAUCGAUGACGUCACCGACUACCUCAAUCCGGCCACCCGGAGAUGGUACUCAAACCGCGGUAUCCCCUACCGUCGCGGCUAUCUGCUCUAUGGCCCUCCCGGAACCGGAAAGUCUUCGCUCAGCUUGGCACUUGCCGGUUUCUUCAAGAUGCGCAUCUACAUUGUCAGCCUGAGCUCGGUGAGCGCUAGUGAGGAGAACCUUGCGUCCCUCUUUGCAGAACUCCCUCGGCGCUGUGUCGUGCUUCUCGAGGAUAUCGAUACCGCCGGUCUCACACACACUAGAGAGGAUGCUAAGAAUGACACUCCGAGCGAAGACGGCGCCGAUGCCGACGAACCACCGAAGCGUAAGGUCAACAAGAAUGGAACUCCGGCCGCUCCCGUCCAGACCCCGCCCAUUGGCCGGCUGUCCUUGUCUGGUCUGCUCAAUAUCCUCGACGGCGUCGCCUCGCAGGAAGGCCGUGUCUUGAUCAUGACCACCAACCACCUCGAGAAGCUCGACAAAGCCUUGAUCCGACCUGGUCGAGUGGACAUGAUUGUCAAGUUCGACAGAGCCGACUCUCAGAUGAUCGAGUCCAUCUUCCGCGCCAUCUUCGCUCCUCUCGAGGGUGAUGAUGCCCCGCCAUCCAAGGUUCAUGGCGAGAAGGUGGUGCGCUUCAAUCCCGAAGACGAGCAGAAGAAAGCCAAUGACGCUGCCGAGGCGACCCGGAAGAGGGACGAGAUCGUUGCCAAGGUCGAGCGCCUGUCGGUCGAGUUCUCAGCCAAGAUCCCCGCGCAUGAGUUCAGUCCGGCCGAGCUCCAGGGAUACCUGCUCAAGAACAAGCGCAAACCAGAGGCUGCUGUCGAGGGAGCCGAGCAAUGGGUCUUGGACACACGCAAGGAGAAGAAGGAGAAGGAGCUGAAGGAGGCUGAGGACAAGCGUGAGGCCGAGGAGAAGGCUAAGAAGGAGACUGAGGAAACCAAGGAGGAGACGAAGGCUACCGCUGAGGCUACUGCCACUGCCACUGCCGCCGCCGCUACCCCGGCUGCCGUGGACGACAAGACAAAGCCGGCGGAAGAAGACGCCGCCGCCUCCAAGCCCAAGCUCGAGGUCCCGACUGUCACCAUCGACGCAGUCAAGGCAAAGGAUGAUGUCAUCGUCGAUGCCAACUCUCCUGGUGCGAAGACACCCGGCGGCGAUUCUGGCUAUGGCUCGCACUAACCGGUGCACGCCAAUGAUGUUACGAAUGAACGGAUAAAAGUAUGGCAGGAGCUUAAGGCUGAGAGAGAGAGAUAGCAUGUUAUGGCGUUUUGGGAACUGUGUCCGGAGGAGGUCCAUCCCCUGGGUUUUCUUUUUUACUUAUCCCCCCUUUUUGGUUCACGGUUCAUGGGGAAAUAUGGACUGGUUGUCUCUUAAACAUUAGAGCCUGGUUUGGGUUUGCAUUGGCGGGCGUAGGGCGAGGUCUUGCUUUUUGAUUUCUUGCAUUCGUCAUGACGGAUACACUUAUACUUAUAGGCACACCCCUAAAAAAUAAAGAUUAUAUAUAUUCUGACAUUUAUUUUUCCUGGUGCUUGAUCUUGGAGUGUAUGAAUAAUGA